AGUUCAAUUGCAACUGGGUAGAGGGCGGCAUCUAUAUCCCCGAUAAAGAAGAGCUGGAGAAGCAUAAAAUCAUGGUCACCACCCUUUUCUCCGCUUCAAGGCUGGUUACGGAAGGCAUCCCUCCAGGCUUUUACAGCCAUAUCUUUGUUGACGAGGCAGGACAACCUGCAGAGCCUGAAGGGGUUAUCCCCCUGGCAGGCCUACUGGACCCAAAGCGUGGCCAGGUAGUGUUGGCAGGAGACCCCAAACAGUUGGGCCCCAUCGUCAAAUCCCCCCUAGCCAAGAAGCAUGGACUUGGUGUAUCAAUGCUGGAGCGUCUGAUGGAGUUGAAUGUGUACAAAAAGACAGAGGAAACGGGGUACAACGAGCGUUUCAUCACCAAGCUGCUGAGGAACUACAGGUCUCAUGGCAGACUUCUAACGAUCCCAAAUGAGCUGUUCUACGAGAGCGAACUCCAGGUGUGGGCCGAUAAGGAUAUCCGCAACUCCUUAUGUGAAUGGAAGCACCUUCCCAGCAAGGGAUUCCCGCUGAUCUUCCAUGAGGUCACUGGACGCAUGCGUCGCGAGGACAACGCCUCACUGUUCAACGCCUCACUGUUCAACGAAGACGAGGUGGCGAUUCUAAUGCAGUAUCUGAAAGCACUGUUGGAAGAUGUCCCCCCAGAAGACAUAGGCCUCAUUGCCCCAUACAGGAAACAAGUGGAGAGGAUCAACAAGGCUCUUAAGAUCGAGUUCCCCAGAAACACAGCAAAGUUAAAGGUUUGCACAGUGGACGCGUUUCAGGGCGAGGAGAAGCGGGUGAUUCUGCUGUCCACAGUGAGAAGCACCAGCCGGGACCCCAGACCCCCCUCCUCCGUGGGGUUCCUUGCUGACCCCAAGAGGUUCAACGUGGCCAUGACCCGCGCCCAAGCCCUGUUGAUCGUGGCGGGGAACUCAGAGGCGCUGACAAAGGACAGGAUUUGGAGCAGGUUCAUCGAGUACUGCAAAGAACACGGAGGUUACACCAAGACCAUGACCACCGAUUGACGUGCAUGCACGGACACAUACGCACACUGACAACCACACUCACGUACACACAUACAACCUCCGCACACACACACACACACACACACACAAACACACACAUACACCUUCUCCACACAAAAUGAUAUUAAGGACUAAAAACCUCACAUUUUAUUUGACAUUGUUGCAUCAGCCUAUUAGAGGAGAAUUUUUUUGACCAUUAGGCCUUCCCAUCGUUGUGAUGGAAAAUCUAUCAUAAUCAUAAAGUUUUUCGUUUUGAACUUAGGUUUUGUUUACUAUUCCGUGUUUGUUCUUGCCGUCCUGCUCUCCUUCGGGGUCAUCUAAAAUGUAAACCUUUGUGGUUGAUGAUGUAAUCUGUUCUCACUCUGUUCCUGUGUUAUCUUCUGUUGAUUUGGGCCUGUUCCACGACCCUGGGGAGCUUCAGGAAACAAAGGGUUACAUGGCACGGACGCGACCCCUUAUUUAUGACAUCCUGAGGAACUUCAAUCAAUAGAUUACCAUCUGGUUAACAAAGGCUUUUGGUUUAUUGGGGGACAGCUGCCCUCAAGAACCCAAUCUAAGUGUAUAAGAACUCCUGACUUAGCCACUUUAGAGUAUGAAGUAAGACACAGGGCAAACUCCCAUCUGAGGCCUCAAAUUACUGUAGUGUAUGCCUGUUUUAUUGUUUUUUGAUGCAUGUUGUGAUGUAUCUUUGUUCGUACUUUUAUUACAAAUAUAUAGGACCACCAAUUGCCUAAAA